GGAGGAAUUAUCUUAAAGUUCUGUUAGCUUUGUCAAGUAUUGCCUUAUUUUGCCUUUUCAACUUACAAUUGUUGUGAAUAUGAAUGAUUGUUAUGCUCGUGCACAUGAAUGUCCUAUAAUUUGUUAAUUUUUCAGUUAGGGGCAUUCCAAAUCUGUAAUUUUUUUGUUUUUGGGAUUCUUGAGUAGUGUUGGACAUUUUUUUGGCAUGUAGUAGGAUCUUGAAGAAGAUGGGAAGUAAAGGUGGUGAGGAUGUUAUGAUGCCUGGGGGUGACGAGGCUAAAUGUUCUGAGACCUCUGUUGAGAUAAAGAUAAAGACAUUGGAAUCUCAAACAUACACAAUGCGAGUGGAUAAAUGUGUGCCAAUUCCUGAUUUAAAGGAUCAGAUUGCCAAUGUUACUGGUGUCUUGUCCGAACGACAGCGCCUUAUUUGCCGUGGAAAGGUUCUGACAGAUGAUCAGCUCCUGUCAGCUUAUCGUAUCCUUUUUGGUUUCUUUCAUUUUCAGGUUGUGGUGUGA